AUCCCUUUCCCUCUUUGAGACAAGUGUACCCCGUCUGUCGCCAGCAGGCCUGGUAUCGUGUAGACGGACCCAUGAUCAAAAACCCAAAAAUUCUGCGGGUGACGCCAGUCUUGGAGCCAGCCCUGGCCUGGUCUUACCUGGGGAUGCUGCUGGAAAGGAAAGAAAUGUUUUCCACCAGCCUGACGGGGAUCCAGGACUGUGGCUUCUCUGAGACUGACCCCCUCAAUUGCUUUGGCAAGGUGAUAGAAAUGGCAAAAGACAACCCUCCCACCCUGAACCGCCUGGCAAAAACCUUCCUCCUGGGCAAGCAGGAGGUGGCCAAAGGGAUAUGCAAUAUGGCUCUGGAGGUCCUGCGGGACCCGCAGCUCAGCUGGCAGGUGAACUGCACCUGGGCACAAGUGACUGACAGAAGUAAGCUCACUCAUGCUAAAAAUGACCUUGAAAGGGUCCUCAAGGUUUGUCCGCACCUGAGGACAAACCUGGACAUGGGCCAGGUUUACUAUUACAUGAGGGUGGAUGCCAUGCAAGAACUCUUCCUGGUGAAUGAAACUCCUGAACAAAGCCAUGGAGUUUGGCCUGGGCGAUACCCUACCCAAACUGCAGCUCUGCAGGGGCAAAUGGAGCAUAAAAGCCAGGAAACACUGGCCAUCGAGUGCUUCAAGCUGGCCAUCGAACUGGAUGAUGUGGGCUCCACCAAGUGCCUGCAGUGCCUCCUGGAGACACUGCUCGUACUCUUUGGUCGGAUGACUCUGAAGACAGAAACGCUGAUGCAGGAGGUGGAACAGUGGGUUAAGGAAGCUGAGGGGAAAUUCCCACGGCAGCGACUGCAGCAGGAGCUGAGGGCGGUCUGCUGCAACCGCACGCUGGAGGGGAUCCAGGUCUGCAAAGCUCUGAUCGGGGGAGGACGGAGCUGGUGA